UCCUGUCGCCUGGCCACACCCCGCUCUGCUCCCAGCCCUGGUCCCCACACCUCCUCUUUCAUCUUCCUCUCCUGCCAGUGAAUCACAGCAUUAGUGGGUGCCCUCCGCCUCUGAGUCAUCCCUAGUCUACAGAGAACGGGGCAGGACCGUCUCAGAGAGGAAGACAAUAGGACCAAUAAGACUUUUCCUCCAACUUGCACUGGCCUGAGGGUUGAGGUGAGGAGAAGCAGUGGGCCUGUGGCCUGAGGUCGGGCGGAAGCUAGAGCACCCCUGUAGCGCCUGGACUCUUCUCUGCGGAGGGCAGCAUGGCUUGGUCUUCUCCAAAGAAGUAAAGUAACUAGCAGCCCAAGUUCUGGAGCCACACACAUCUGGGUGUCCUGUUACACACCCUAUGACCUUGGGCAAAAGACUGAAUCUGUCUAACCGCCAGUCUCCUCGGAUUUAAAAUGGGGGCCGUACUAACACCCAGUUCAUAGGUUCCCAUGGGGAAAUGCACACAGGAUAUAAAGCCCUGAGCACUUUCCUCUGCGUAGAAAAGAAAACAGCCCAUCUCCGAGCAGAGUCGGAGAAACUCGAGGUCAAUGUGUUUGUUUGUGAAUGGCAUGUGAUAAACUGAUUUUUCUGGGCAUGAAUUCAAAUCUUGGUUAUUGCUAAGACUGGUGUGAAGGACUAAGUCUGCCCAACAUCCAAAAGCAAACACUUCUUCAUUGUUCAUCCUUGUCACAUACGUAAGAACCUUAGAGAAUGUAGCCUUUCUUAUUUAAUGUUCUAUACAGAUAUCCGAAAAUGUAAGAUUUAGGAGGGUCUCCACUGAAGGCCAAAGAGGUUUAGUAUAGUUCAUGGAUUUUGAUAUGUAAAAAUGGAGGUGAAAAGCAACACACACACACACACACACACACACACACACACGCACAGUCAAAAUGUAGACAGCCUGCAGAAUUUCUUUUGGCCUUACGGGAUGGGAAUGCAGAGGCAGCCUCCUGUUUCUGACAGGCUGAGCCCAGUGUGAAUAGUCUCAUUCUGCUGGACACAGAAUGUGACAGAGAUUAAAGGCUUUCAAAGCAAAUGAUCCACAAAGAAGAAAUUAGAGAAAUUAGCUUAUUGUGGGCCAGGCUGUUUCAAGAGGAUGACAGUAAAGAUGUUCAUUCAAGUGACUCCAAGGGCUGCAUUUGGGGCUGCCCUUGACACAGAGACCCCAUAGAGGCCAGGUAAGUUUUUAAGGCCAGGGGCAGAUGGAAAAGUAUUAUUUAACAACUGCCUCCCCCCUGGAUAUCAUUAGGGCCAUCUCAAAAUUUUCCCUGGCCAUCUGAAUGGAUCUGGAGACUAUACCACUCUAAAGUGUUCCCAAUAGCAGGAAAAGACUCAUGCUGGGUUUCUCAUGUUCUCCUGUGUUCUUUUGGUCUUCUCUUCAGCCUCAAUCUUCCUGGCCUGGUAGAGCAUGGGCAGAACCAUCAGCGGGGGGGGGCCGAAGUACCUUCUUCCAAAUAUCGCUUUGUGCCUUCUCAUCAUGAAAAUGGUCUGCUUUAAUGUCUGCCUCAUAUUUAGCACUAAGUUGUUUUCCCCACUAACCAAACCAACCAGUUUCUCCACCCUCCUUCCUGAAGUUAAUAUUUGCUUAAGAAAUGACACUUACUUGAAUGUCAGCCAGAGCCAAAUGCCAUCGAGUAAGUCAAUAUACAAGGGGGAAAAUCCUGCGUGGAAUGCAGUUCAAAGUGUAAAUUAUUUGGUGAGUGUACCUGUGGUAGUCAUGCUGCUGUUUUCACUGGCCUGGCAGCCAGCAGUUGGCUGCAUCUCCUGUCCGUCCUCGUACUGGCCUUGGCAUACCAGAUCAGGCAUGCAGAAGACCUCUGAGAAGUUAAGAGCCCUACCAUUCAUUUUGUUGUCCACAUAACUCCAUUGAGAGGGCGACACCUGUAGUACAAUGUUUGACAAAGGUCCGGCAGAGUUGGACUUAGGACCUGGGUCUACUGACCUGUACCCAGGACUGAACAGGAGAAGGGGCCCCUGCCCUCUACCUGUGCCACCGCCAGAGCUGGUGCUGGCGAGUCCCCAGCCUGACCUCUCUCCUCUCCCUGAUGCCUGGUUUCUGGAAGGGACAGAGUGAUAACAGCUACGACUUCCUGUCAGCUGAGGAGAAAGAGUGUCUGCUCUUCCUAGAGGAGACCAUUGGCUCCUUGGAUGGUGAGGCUGAGAGCGUUCUGUCCACUGACCAGUCAGAGCCAGCGACAACUCCAACUCCCCGAGGUUUCAGAGCACUGCCCAUCACCCAGCCGGCUCUCCAGGGAAACCCAGAGGAGACAAUUACUCAGCUGAGCCCAGAGCCCAGAGGAGUGACCGAGAUUCCCUCAUCCUGUCCUCCUGAGGGGGGCCUGGGCCUCAGGUCUGGCUCCUACAGCCUCCCGAGGAACAUCCACAUUAGCAGAGACCAGAACUUCAGGAAAAGCAGCGCCCAGACUGACGGCCACUUCUCGGGACGAGGAUCUGAGGGACACGUAGCAGAGCCCGGGAAAGAGGGGGGCAGCCAGAGCAGUGAGCCACUCGGGACACCAGCCAACCCGCAGAGGGCCACGCUGGGCCUGGACGCAGUGCUCAUCCCCCCACCCAAGGCUUUCCAGGACACCUGGCCGGAGAAGCGUGGGGAGGACAGCCUGCCCGAGGGGCUGGGAGAGCAGAGCCACGCGCCCCCGAAGAGAGAGGAGGCCAUGUCCCAUACAGCCAGCAAGAGAGGCACAGCAGGGGCCCCUGGACGUGCACAGCCCCCUCCUGCCCAGUGGCCUCAAGAUGCUAGAGCUGAAGACGCUCCCCUCCCAUCUGGGGACGACUCACUGGCCCGUGUGGGCCCUGUCACCGCCCCGAAGCCCCGGAAGCUGCCCCCUAACAUUGUCCUGAAGAGCAGCCGCAGCAGUUUCCACAGUGAGCCCCAGAGCUGGCUGUCCCGCCACAGCGAGGCUGCAGACGCUGCCCCGGGCUCCUCUUCCCUGCAGGAGCAGAGGAAAGCACGCAGAGAAGCACUGAAGAAACUGGGGCUACCCCAGGACCAGGAGGAGCCCAGCCUCCACCUCAGCCACCCCGCCAGCUCCAUCAGGCUCAAGAAGACCCAGGCUCAGGGCCCUACUGCAGGCCCAGCCCCACCUCAGCCAGUGGCUCUGGCUCCAGUCUCAGCAGUUCUUCCUGCUGCAGAGAAGGCUCCGGCUUGGGCUCAGGCAUCCUCUCCAGGCAAGGUUUGCACCACUGCCCAGGAAGCCCCUCCAGGAAAGGCCACAGCUCACAAAUCCAUGCCAAUUCCUAUCCCAAAGACCCCAAAGGCAAACAGUCCCCUGGCCGGGCCAAAGCCAGACUCAGGACCGACUCUCCAGGAGAGCAGCAUCCCAGGCCUGAAACAGAUGAACUUCAAGUCCAACACUCUGGAGCGUUCGGGCAUCGGGCUGAGCAGCUACCUCUCAGCUGGGAAAGACCCCAGCCCCCAAACCAGCACCUCUCUGGGAAAGGACUCCAUCCUGGAGAAGACUUCUCCCAGUGUGCUUCGGAACUCCCGGCCACGCCCUGCCUCCCUGGGCACUGGGAAGGACUUUGCAGGUAUCCAGGUAGGCAAGUUAGCUGAGCUGGGGCAGGGCCAGAGCUCCAAGCAUCUGUCUUACCAAGGACAGAGCCGUGACAAGCUUCCUCGACCCCUCUGUGUCAGUGUCAAGAUUUCCCCAAAGGGCGUCCCUGAUGGGCACAGGAGGGAGGCUCUGAAGAAGCUGGGGCUGUUGAAGGAGUAGCUGUGCCACAGACUAAGCCAUGGGAGGGGCUCUCGGGUUCCCCUCAGGAGCUUUGCGACCUCAGAGCUCGGGGCUGGCAGGGCGGGCUUUUCUCAGAUGCCCUCACUCUCUGAGGUGAAGGAACGGAGAGACUCGCUUCCAAGCAUCUGUUUAUAUCCAAGGCCGUUGGCCACUGAGGGCCUGCAUGGACAUAGCUCUACACAAGAGGGUGUGUGUGUGCGAGUUUGUCUGCGUGUGUGAGGAGUUGUGCAUAUCACUAUUUAUGUAACACAAGGAAUCACUGCUCAGAGUUCUGCUCUUGUGGGAGCUUUUCUUACAAUGGAUAGAGUUCAGCCUUCGCAGAACUGAGUGGAGGGAGGUGGCCAAGCUUGAGAAGAAAAUCAAAUGACACAGUGGAUGUGCAAGUUACUUUAAAAAAUUACAUUCUGUGCAUAAAGGUCCCAAGAAUCCCUGCAGCAGAUGCAGACUGGCUCACACCUUGCUGGACACUCUCGGUUCAGGGCCUGGACAGAGCCUGGAGCCAAGAAGAGCUGGUCUGUUAUCUCUUCGCCCACGGCCCUCUCGGUGUCACACACCCCUGCGAACAAACCUCUCAGUCCACUGAUCGCAGAGCAGCUCCCAAGGGCCUGGCAGGGCAGGAUAAGUAACCGCACCCACACCUCACUGCUGCCCUGGGGGUCUGCGCCCAUGGGCCUCGGCCUCCGUAGAUGCAGUAGAAACUGCUGGGCUCCAGACCGCCACCCUGUUCUUCCUGCCCUCUGGCUCCCUAUCUCGCUCUGCAUCUGCCUGACUCCAGGCCUGGUCGUCGCAGAGGCGGAAGCCCCAGCCCAGAGGCUCAGCAAGGACUGCAGAACUGUUUCAGGCCUUGUCCGUGCGAUUGCAGGUAGCUUUCUGCGAUUGCAGUACAGCUUCUCCAAUGUCCUCAGUUCCCACAGUGGAAAUGAGCACAAUGCAUAGAACAUCAGAGCUCCAAGGGACCCUGGGGAAGUCACAUCCGCCCUUUCGGGGUGGACAAGCAGCCCUUCAGGGUUACUCUGCUAUCAGCAACCGCUGAGAUGGGAACCUGGGCGCCUAGUUGCCUGAGCACUGCCGCCCCUCACUGCUGUUCGUGCAUCCACACAGACCUCAAAAGUGCACGGUCACUGUCCACGCCUCAGCCCUCAGGCCCUCUGACGGCCCGUGUCUUCUGAAGCACCAAAGAUUAAACGCUCAGGCUAAUA